AUGCGGUCGUGGCGCGCGCUGGGCGGCGCGCUCUGCUCGGGCGCUUUGUGGCGGCGGCUGUCGGGCCCGCAGGAGCAGCGGCUGCUGCAGCAGGCGAGCUGCGGGCUGGUCGCCUUCGUCGCCGCGGCCAUGGUGCUGGCCAGGUUCGUGGGCGUCCCGUACGGGCGCUACAGCUCGCCGGCGUUCGGCUGGCGCCUGCCGGCCCGGGCGAGCUGGCUCGUGCAGGAGGCGCCCUCCUGCCUCGUGCCGGUGCUCCUGAUCGUCUGCAGCGACGGCGCGCGCCUCGCCUUCUGCCCCAACCGGGUCCUGCUGGCGCUCUUCGUGGCGCACUACUUCUACAGGGCAUUUAUCUUUCCUUUAUUAAUCCGAGGAGGAAAAUCGAUGCCAUUGCUGACAUUUGUGAUGGCUUUUAUCUUCUGUUCAUGCAAUGGGUAUUUGCAGGGGCGGAAGCUGAGUAACUAUGCAGAAUACCCUUCCGACUGGUGUACUGACCCACGUUUCAUUCUAGGUUUCGCAGCAUGGCUAGGCGGUCUGUUGAUUAAUGUGCAUUCUGAUCAUAUUUUGAGGGAGCUCAGAAAACCGGGGGAGACCGGCUACAAAAUUCCAAGAGGAGGCCUGUUUGAAUAUGUGACGUGCGCAAACUACUUUGGGGAGAUUGUGGAAUGGUGUGGAUUCGCCAUCGCAUGUUGUACUGUGGAAAGCCUCGCUUUUGCCAUCAGCACAUUUCUGAUAUUAGUAAGCCGGGCGUGUAAACAUCACAAAUGGUAUCUCAACAAGUUUGAAGACUAUCCACGUUCUAGGAAAAUUAUAAUCCCAUUUGUGUUCUGAGAGCUUCUUCACAUUUUCUGAUGAUUCUGAAUAAUAAUGGCUGCUGUUAUGAAAAAGAGACAUUGGCAAAACUGGCUCCUCUAAAUUCGUGUUGAACCUCUGGCCCAUGGGCUACAUCCAGCCCACCCGGGACCCUAGUAUGACCCUCCUGUAGUGAAAAUGGCUCUCCCAAGUCUUCAUCACUGGAAGCAGGCGCCUUAUGCUAAACCGUGUGUGUACGUUGGUUCUCUUGGCCUUUGGCCCCCCGAGAGUUUUGCACCAGCAGUGCCUCUGCAACAGACUCCGACCCCCAAGCCUGAAGAAGUGGGGCUCCCCUUGUUUAAAGAGAGAUACGGGCUCCUCUCUUGCGCAAAGUGAUUCAACCAUUUAAAUUUUGGCACUAAAAAAGGGCUUAGGUCAUGAACUGAACGAGCUUGCCAGAAAGCACACCCCAUCCAAACUACCAUGUGCUUUCCAAAUUAUUUCACUGUCACUAUCACAUGGUUUAGAUUUCAGGCUCCCUGGGGCAGGGACCUGUUUUUUGCUUUCUUUUGCUUAUUCUGUAAGCUGCCACAUAGCUUAACAGCACUGAACGACCGGCUAAGACUAAUGAACAAUCAUGAUUCUUAACUGAAUAACUAUUUGGUUAAGAAGAUCCGUCUGCAUCGUUCUAACAUAAUUGCUGCUUUAGACUUUGUAUGCUUGCUUUUCUCUCUUGUAGAUCAUCUCAAAGAAAAAGCCCGAGUUGCAUCCAAAUGAUGCUCAGUGGUGUCGUAGUUUGUUUUUAUAUUUG